AUGUCAGGAUACCAAGAUGAGAAGCCUGAGCCAGUGGACGGGAAUAGCCAUGAUUUAAGGUUGACGACAUCGAACGCGGAAAAGAGCGCCACUAUUUUACCACCCACACAAGAUGUGGAGUUGAGCCGCCAAGACACCGAAGCGAUUUACGCCAGAUUUACGCCAAAUCGAAAGAGGCUUAUUACUGCAGUAGUGGCCUGCGGCGGCAUUGCGUCGACAGUGUCUUCUCUGUUGCUGCUGGCAGCAAUCCCGGAAAUUGCUGCUGAGUUUGACAGCAGUGGAACCAUCAUUAACGUGAGCAAUGCCGUCUAUACCGUGUUUAUGGGCGUCAGCACCUUAUUUUGGGGCCCAAUGAGCCAGGUUUAUGGACGGAAGUGGCCGUGCAUUCUAUCUGCUGCUGGGUUCUUUGGAUUUUCUAUAGGAACUGCACUGUCUCCUAACCUUGCUAGCUUCUUUGUUUUUCGCGUGUUGUCUGCUUUUACCGGAACAGCGUACCUCGUGCUAGGCUCAAGCUGCAUCAGCGAUAUUUACAAACCAACUGAGAGAGGAACUGCUCUGGCAUGGUUUUUAAAUGGCACACUCAUUGGACAAGCUUUCGGGCCCUUUAUUGGUGGCGUCAUUGUGACUUUUCACGACUGGAGGGCGUUGUUCUGGUUCCAAUCUGCAUUGGGAGGUCUUACCACUAUUCUCGCGGUGGUUGUUCUCCCUGAGACAAGUUAUCAGAAGCGAUCAGUCCAACUGGCAGGCCUUGACUUGAAAACCAAAGUAACAAAGGUUUGGGGAUGGACAAACCCAUUCACAGUUCUUGCUCUGCUUCGAAUCCCAAAGCUCUUUGUAGCGGUAGGUUCCAUUCUCAGUGCCUGUUUUCUUCACCCGCAUUUUACUAUUUAA